UGCUGGUUCCACGGGUCCACUGAGAUUUUGUUUGGUAGACUUUUAGACAAUGACACGUAGGCCUAGUCAUGUAAAUGAUAACUGAUUUGGGAUAAGCAAUCAUGCUGGAGUGGCAGAAUGUAUCCGCGCUGACAACCAGUAAUGAUGACCACAAUCUGACGUACAUGGACAGCCAUCAUGCAAUGGAGUUGGCACAUCGACCUGUAAAGAUUGUUAUAAUAAUAGUUUUAGGAGUAAUGAUCACAUUGGGAAACAUUGCUGUUAUAUCUGUUAUAUCCUCAUCAGUGGCUGGAUGGUCAAGGAAUUCCAGAUACUUCCUGCUGUCUUUAACUGGGGCUGAUUCCGCGUUUGGUCUCAUUGUAAUGCCCUUAAAUCUCUGCGUGAGCCUGGUAAAGAACUCUAGUAUGGAGCCCGAUCCAUUCUGUCACAUUGUAGCAUUUUUUAACUCAACAGUGUAUUCUACUUGCAUGUACACACUGGCCACUAUAAGUUUUGAGAGGUACAUCGCUGUGUUUUAUCCGCUGAGAUACAGAUCUCUAAUGACAAGAAGACGUGCGUUGCUCUUAAUUGCCUUCGCAUGGCUUUUCCCGCCCGUGUUGUUGUUGCCCAUCUCUUUACCUGAAGGGAUUAUUGAAGUACACUUCUCCACAGCGUCACUGGUCUGCAAUCCAUCUUACUCCAGUAAUGUUGCCUACUCGUUUACCUUAACGGGAUUAAUUUUCUUCCCAUGCUCAAUCGUCAUGACCUAUUGCAACCUGCGACUUUGGUUCGCAGCCAAGAGACAACAAAAGAGACUGAGAAAAAGUUAUCUGAAUGGACGCAGCAGGCCUAACGUGGCAUCCCGUGUGCUCGUUCCUGUAAUGGCAGCCUAUUAUGCAUGUUGGACACCUUGCAUGGCUAUAAUGAUUUACAAUGCCAUCUCAGGCAAUGGCGUCUCGGAGUGGAUGGAAUUCGUGGCUGUGUGGUUACCCACCUCCAAUGGUUUCCUGAACUGCAUCUUCUACUUCUGGAUCAACCAGAGUUUUCGAAGGAAGUUUUACACAAUCGUAGGAAGACUUUUCUGGGGUCUUUGUCCUGAACUGUGCAAGGCAAUGGGGUGCAUUCCUGUUACAGGGUUCCACGAGGACCAUAGAGUGUGGAACAACAACAACGCUUUCCAGGAACGCUCCUCUAGUGUUUCAUCCACCUGCACACUACUAACAUUGGCUUCUAACACCUAUGUCUAAGGAUGAGGAGUUGGAAGAUCAUGGAGUGAACCGAACACACCCAAAACACCACCCAACUUCCAUGGAGUCAACUCCAAAUGUCCCCUCCAGAAGAGCUUCAAAUCCGGACUGGACUGGAUUCAGGCAGUGUUUCAAGUUUUCAGCAUUUCUUAUCAAAAUCUAUUUUUAUUUUUUUUUUAUAUUCAAGUUUGACGAAGCUCUUCAAAUCAGAAAGAUUUCUCAGGAUUCCAGUUUUAUUUUAAUUUUUUUUGUUUUAGUUUAAAGCCUUUUUGUGUUAUAGCUCAACAUACUGUAGUGGUGUAUUUUAGUUAACUUAAAAUCCAAACCUACACCUCAUGCCUGUAGAAGUCCUCAUAAAACAACACCAAAUGCUGAAAGCAAACUUUUCAAAUCAAGUUGGCAAAUAAUCACAGAAAUUGGUCAGUGAGUACUUCCAUGCUGUAUGAGGACCAUGUUCUCCAGCUUCUUUUUCUGAUACAGAAGACCUGAGCUUGCCAGCAACUUGGCAAGCUUAACCUUUAAGCCUCGGCAUUGCAAUUUAUGCAAAAGCAAAAGCAAUUAGGCAGUUUCGGUGCAUAAAGGUCAUCACAGCUGUGUGUGGGAGGUACCCUUUCUUGUCUUUUGAAAGAAUGCAAGCUAGUUGUCACUGAGGUGGUGCCACAUCAACACUCCUAAAGCUUUUGUGUAUCACUAAUUAGGGUUGUUUACUUUUAUCAUGCAAAUUGUUCUCUUCGUUUGUUCUUUGCAACAGCCUACCUGUAGGACCGUUCACUCUGUCACCUGCCCAUGGUGAUCUGAAAGCCAAUCAGAUGGUAGCUAUAUGUGACUGUGCGAUUUGUGUGUCAAAAUAGGGUGGACAUAUUAAUAAUGUGUAUAUACUAUAUGUAAAUAAGUGUAUUUUCCAACAAAACAUGUCUGUUAUCAUUGGGGUGUUUUGUUUAAACAUGGGAGUUGCUUGGUAGCUUAACUUGUCAAAAUGGAUCUGUAUCAAAGAGCUUUUACCCUUGCUCUCGCGAUGUAUGCUAAGAACACUAUUUUGUAAACAAUUUGUCCAAAAAUGUAUUGUAAAUACUGAAUUUUAUAUUUAUAUGGAAAACAAUUAAAUAUUGAUUGUAUUUGUCAUUUAGGAAUAAAAUGUAAUUGUGAAAUAAAGUCUGCAUUGUAUUAUG